AUGUUUCGACCAUGGGAAGGCGUUGAGCAAAGAGAAGACGUUACAGGUCAAAGAGAAGACGCUCCAGUUCGCAAGGAAGAUGCUCAAGUUGAUAGAAAAGUAAACACGCUUUGUUAUAAGCAUUACAAUACACAAGCGCAACAAAUUGUUCUAAACGUGUAUAGUGCUAUUAGGAGUGAAAUUGGACUAUAUGGAGCAAUGAAGCGAACUUCAGAGUUAACAAAAGUUUCUAUUGACACAGUUAAAAGAAUUGUACGUAGAGGAACGGUUAAAGCUGAAAAGAGGACCAAAGAGAGAUUUAGAAAAGUCGAUAAUUUCACUGCAGAUGUAAUGGUGCGCAAAAUACACGACUUUUAUGAAAAUAAUGUUGUACCGACAGCCGAUAUGCUCUUCAAGGAAAUAAACAAAGACGAACCAAUGUUUCCGUACAGUUCCAGACAUUUAUUAAACUAUUUGCGUUCCAUUGGCUUCAAAUAUGGUACACUGGAUAAGCGGAGAGUGAUAAUGGCAUCAUCUAGACUAAUACAACUUCGAGAUGAGUAUUUAGCGAGAAUGCGCGAGUAUAGAAGACAAAGUAAAUCUAUUGUAUAUCUCGAUGAAACGUGGUACGACACACAUGAUGUUGUGAAAAGGGGUUUUUAUGAUUGCCCAUCAAAUUGUUCCUUAGACACACCUGUCUCUAGUAAUAAUCGAAUAAUAAUUCUCCAUGCUGGUACUGAAAGUGGAUGGAUAGAAAAUGCACUUCUAUUAUCUGCCAGGAACAUUAAAAACUGUAGUGCAGAUUAUCACCAGGAUAUGGAUGCCAAAUUAUUUGAAACUUGGUUUGAAUAUCAACUUAUCCCAAAUAUUCCGCCAAAUAGUGUGAUCGUUUUAGAUAAUGCUACAUACCAUAGGAGGCAGAUUGAAAAAAUUCCAAAUACAGGUACGAGAAAAGACAAAAUCGUACGUUUUUUACGUGACCACUACAUAGAUGUACCAUCUCGUAGCACAAAAAAAAUAUUAUUAGAUCUUAUGAAAGAGAAUAAUUUUGAAAAACGUUUCUUUAUUGACGAAUUGGCAACUUCUAAGGGCCAUCAAAUUCUACGACUACCGCCAUAUUAUUGCAUAUUUAAUCCCUGUGAAUUAUUAUGGGGUUUGUUAAAAGAAUAUGUACGGAAUAAUCAGCCAAAUUUUUCGGAUAACGUAACACAAAUUUUGAAAAAUGGUAUAACAGCUACAAACCAUCACUGGAGAACAAGUUGUGAACACGUGCGCAGCUUAGAAAACAAGUAUUCCAGAUUACGGACUCAUUCACCUUUAAUAAUAAAUUUGGGCUCUGACAAUUCUUCAGCAAAUAGUAGCAGUGAUUCAGAAUAA